GUUGGGAGAUGUGUGCAGUUCCUCUGGAUACAGUAGCAGUGACAAGUGCAGGUCUGACAAAACAAGAAGAAGAAGAAGAAGGAGAAGAAGAAGAAAAGAAGAAGGAGAGCAAGAAAAGAAGAAGAAGCUAUUCUUUUUAAAUGUGGACAAAGUCAGAAUAAAGACUGAACCCCUAAAAGUCUCUGCAAAUGGAGCAGCCGUCGUACGGAGAGGUGAACCAGCUGGGCGGUGUGUUUGUGAACGGGCGGCCUCUUCCCAACGCCAUCCGGGUGCGGAUCGUGGAACUCGCGCAGCUCGGAAUUCGCCCGUGCGACAUCAGCCGCCAGCUGCGCGUCUCUCACGGCUGCGUGAGCAAGAUCCUGGCGCGUUACCACGAGACGGGUUCGGUGCUGCCGGGGGCCAUCGGGGGCAGCAAGCCGCGCGUCACCACACCCAACGUUGUGAAAAGCAUACGGGAGUAUAAGCGCGCGGACCCGGGCAUGUUCGCGUGGGAGAUCCGGGACCGGCUGCUGUCCGACGGCGUGUGCGACAAGUACAACGUGCCGUCGGUGAGCUCCAUCAGUCGCAUCUUGAGGAAUAAGAUUGGGAACCUGUCGCAGCCUUUACAGCACGAGGGCGGUGUCGGCGUUAAACCUCACGCCCCGCCGAUUCCUUACAGCCCGGUGUGUGCUUACUCUUACCCCAACGCCAUCUCACCUACCGGCGCAAAACUCGGUGGACCUCACGGCGUCGGGGUCGGUCUGUCCCGGGCCUGGCCUUCUGUACACACCGUCAGCAACAUCUUAGGGAUACGAGCUUUCAUGGACCACUCAGCCAUCACUGGACCUGAUGGAUAUCAGCAGAAAAUGGAGGAGUGGCCAUGUGUGAACAGAACUUCAUUUCCGUCUCAUGCAGUUAAUGGCAUUGACAGAUCACCAGUAGAUACGGAUAUUAAAUACAAUCAGUCUCCCUCGAGUCUUAGUGGAUAUAUGCCCCCCUGCCCCUAUUCUUCCCCCAGUCAAUGCGGGGUGUACGGGGGAAACUAUGGGCAUCACUGGCAGCCCCAGGGAACAGGCCUGGCACAUAAUGACUCCCACCUUCACACUGCUAUGAACUUCAAACCUCCAUCAGAUGUGGCAGACAGAAAACCUCCCAAUCCCCUGAUUAAGCAGCAGCAGCAGCAUGAGGCACUGAGCAGCAUUCACAGCCUGGCCUUACCCACCUCAGCCUCAUAAACAUGAACACACACAAACACCCACAAAAGAGCAAACACACACGGAUCUGCUGUUGUCCUAAUUUAAAUAGUAAGUAAAUCCAUGCAGUGAAACUCUAAAUUGAUUUAUAAAAGUACACCAGCGCAGGUUAUUAUAUCAUCUUCUCUAUAUAUAUCAAAACAUUAGUGACUGAAGACAAUGCAACAAUCAUUUUCUCCUGAAACAACCCUGGUCACCUCAUUCAUUAAUAUUUGUAUUAGAGGAAAGAAAUACCGUAGAUUUUUAAUUUAUCUACAGUAAUUAAAUAAAGCUAGAUGCUGCUAGUUAUUAGUCUCAAAUUAAUACAAGCGUUCAAUACAGGCUAAAAUAUUAAUAGACUGUCACUAUGUUUUUUAGUCCUGUAAUAAAAGCCUAAUAGUUUACCGUCUGUUUGGUACCGGGCACAUGCAGUGUGUCUAUACAAGACAUGACAAAUAAAAAAUUAUGAAAACCAAAAGCAUAAUUAGGAUGUAGACAAAUUGGUCAAAAAACACCUGGUUGUCAAAUCAGGCCCCAACAAUGAACCAGCAAUUAUACAAGCAAUUUAUAUAAAUAUAUAUACAUAUAAAAAGGUGACAUUUAAAGCUGCAGUCUGCGCUGAAUGAUAUUAAAUUUGUUCAAUUUUAAAUAGUUCUCCUAAUUUCUGUCUUCAGCAGAAGGAACAUUCAGGAUAUCAGAGAAAAUGGGUUAUUAAACUAACUAAGAAGUGAGAUGGUUGAAAUCGGUAAUUAAUUUAAUUUUCAUAGCUGGAACUGUGGACCACAGUUGAUUUCUGCAAUAUUUGCAGUGAGUUUUUGUUGCUUUAGACAUACCUUUUUUUGUUUUUUUGUUUUUUUAAAAUGUAAUUAAAUAUGAAUGAUACAAAUACAAUGCAAUUGGUGUUGAAUAUGACAAAUGUAUGACAGCCUGUUUCUUGAUUUAGAUUAAAAUAAUCUAUUAUUAAGUAUACAAUUUUACCUAAUGAUACAUACACACUGUUAAUUGUAGGCUAAAUAAAGAUAAUAAAAAUGAAACUUUUUUUUUUUUUUAUUGUGAAGCCCACAACGAAAUCCUAGUUAUAUUAUUUAUAGUCAAAAUCCAUCUGUGUUUAAUAAACGCAUGUUCAAAAGAAA